AAGUACAUCAGUAGGAGAUAGCGUGGAAGAGAAAAUGAGGAAUGUGUUGUUUAGUUCUUCGGAUUUCGAACUCUUUGACCCAGAUAUCACACCUCAAGACUAUGAAUUCUACCAGAAGCACAAGGACGCAUUGAAGAGUUUACUGGAAGACCAGACACAAGAACGAAAGCAGAAGUUUGUUGAGGCUUUCAGGGAUUUUUCAUUAAAUCAUGGCUGUAUGAAAGACUUUCCACUUAAGAAUGAACAUAGCUUUAUAGUUGAUGUCAUAGAAAAUAUUUCCAAAAGUUUUGUUGAAGGUAAGGCAAGCAAAGGUAAAUAUUUGGUCACAGAUGCUGUUUGUCUGCUUCAAAACAGGGGCAUGAUUCAGAACCUGGGUGGUAGUUCCUCAUGUGCCAAAGAUCCCUUUGUUCACAAAGAUACAAGAGAUGUGUUUCGAAGGCUCUUUGGAGAACCAGACCAAGAGUCCCGAUUAAAGGCUGUGGUGGUAUUUCCUCUGUACGUGAAGUUCGGUGGAUCAGUUUGUCGCUAUUUAAGGCGUUGGCUAGAAGCAGGGAAACUCGAUGAGCUUGGUGUCACGUCCUUGUCACAGGUGCCUGUCAGCAACUCUGAAUCAACCCAAAGUGUAAGCACUAAAGAGGACAAUACCACAAAAGCUUCGUCCACUGAAGUCGUCAAACCAAGCGGAGGUCCGAUGGUGGCAGUGGCUACUAUCGGUCGGAAUGGAGGAGCAUCAGACAGCUCUGAGGAGGAGGAGGAGGAGGAAGAGGAAGAUAGCUGGGAGGCCAAAGUCAUAAGAGGUAUAACGUCAGUGCUAACGGACAGGGGGGGAGCCUCUGCUAUUGAUUUCAUGGAAGUGUAUAAACGGGACAAAGACGGCUCCUACAGGAGGCUGAGAGAACAGUUUCACCUUGGAAAGCCUCACCCGAACGUCGAAUUUGAAGAGAGGUGUAGGAAGAAAGAGGAAGAAGUGAUUGAAGGUAGUCGGCUACGUGAGGUGAUUAUGAAGGACUAUGCUGAGAGCUGUACUAAGAAGAAACACGCCUGUGCUAACUGUAGGCAAGUUGAGAGAUACGCGGGAACGUUUAAGAAGUGUCAGAGGUGCAGUGGAAAGGGUACAAGAUUUUACUGCAGUCGUAAAUGCCAAGGUGAAGACUGGGUUUCAAGGCAUCGACAGGACCACUCUACAAUGGAUUUACCAUCAUAGAAUUGUUAAUUUGCUGGCCUAUUUCUCUCCACUAUGGUAAUCAAAUACGAUUCUCAUAGUUUACUGAAACGAUCACUGAAGAAGUUCUCAAUAGUUACCUUUGUAAAGUUUUGGUAAGUGAGAAGUAAAACUUAGAUACUGUGUGGCCAUCCAGCGAAGAGAUAACCAACGUGUGAACGUCAAAAAAAGAAAUUAUUCCAAAUAAUUUUUUAUGUGCUAGACUGCCCUCAGGUUCAUUGUACUGAUUUUUGUUGACUGUUAUGAAUACAAGUGCAUGGAGUCUCCUUUGCAGCCGUUCUUUUGUCUCGUUACGCAACACCUCUUUACCCCCAGAGAGAGAUAGGGCGUUGCGUGACGAGACCAAACAACGGCUGCGAAAAUAUGACAUAAGGUGAUCCUAUCGAACAUAAAAUGUGGAUAACAAUUUACCACACUGCCGUCUUGAACUGUAUGUAUAAGGUCAAUUCUAUAUCUAUGUGGUAAUAAGAUAAUUCCCAUAAUAAAGGUGCAACUUGUGAGGUUGAUGUUUAGUUCCUGUGAAUGAUGUUUUGAAGUACGCAUGGUGACAAAAUCUCCUAAGUACUGCACAAUAAGACAAACAAGAUUUCAAACCUUUAUUCUCGUACUUACCACCGGUAUCCGGUUAGAUCGCACCACUCGGAAGUUAGAUCGCUCCACUCGGAAGUUAGAUCGCUCCAUCAAAUAAGUUACUUCGCUACCAACAUAAGUUCGCUUCAUGCUGUAAAGUAAAGUAUUACAUACCAAUGAUCUUUUAAGUUUAAAGGUGAUGAUGUGUCUCGCGACGAUUCGUGUACAUCGUAUUCACUCUGUCCUUCAGAUUAUUUACCGAUGUAUGAUGUAUAGCGAUGAUGGAAUAAAUGAUCGUGGAAUAAAUGAUAACGUUAUCGUCUGAUUAUUAGAAUUCAAAUACCAAUACUAUCCAGUGUGGCCUUUUUUGCUCUUUGAUGUGAGGAAACUGAUAUCCGCCAUCUUAAAUAAAUAAAGUAUAUUACACUUCGUGAGUCCCUUUCAUAAGGCUUUUUUUGUUCUUUCUGCGUA